AUGCUGAUCAGAGAGAUCGAGGCUAAAGAUGUUGGGCUUUUCAAAGCUAUGGAACUAUCGAGGCUAGUGCUUGAUGUUUUUGCUCAAGAGAACUAUUCUGAGGUAUUGCUAGGACCUCUAUACAUAAAAGAACUUCGGUCUGAAAGCCGGACCACUUUUCGCUACAAGAAGCUGGUCCUGUUUUUCGCGUUGGACUUGUGGAAAAGAGCAAAGCUAUGCAAUAAUCGCAACUGGGAAGUAAUUGGUGACAGUGGCGAUUUAAUUGGGUUCAGUUCAUGGAAUGUUCCUAUCGGUUCGAAGACCCCGCCUUCCAUAUGGACUACAGCGUACAGAUGGAUAAUAGAGCGUGCGGUUAGUCUUGGAGAGUUCCUUUUGUGCCUUGGCGAUGGCAAAGACUCACUUUUGGCGCAAGGAAAGGCAUUAGGUUCGGUCACAGCGCAGAUGGAUGAUGAGAUAGGAUGGCUGAAAGUCCCUGAAGCAACGCUGGCGCAUUUUGACAAUGACAAGCUUUCAAAAACCAUAUACCAUCGCAAACAAAUGUGGUGGUGCAGCAAAAUGGUUAUCGACCCCAAAUAUCAGCGUCAAGGAUACGGUUUCAAACUCUUCAAGCAUUGUCUCGAUAAUAUUGAACCUUACCGGCCUAUAUUUGAGGACGGAGACGUAAAAAUCACCGCUCCGGCAAAGUAUGGACUUUGCUCUAGUGAAAACGGUCGAAGGCUCUAUGAAAAGUUUGGGUUCAGGCUCUACAAGACCGCAUCCAGGUAUGUCGGCGACGUCAAGCUGGAGAGGCCUAUUUACAUUAAGAACUAUUCAGAGCCUCUUUACCAAUUCUGA